AAAAAAAAAAGCAAAAAUAAAUAAACAAAAUUGUAACUUGAUUUUCCAGCAGUUGAUUCCUUUUUUUCCCAUGAAAGUGAGAUUGAGAUAUAUGAGGUGACAUGAGUGACUGUAAAAAGCAAAAUUACAGUGAUAAUGGGCCCAGACGGUAACGGCACAAGUUCUUCUUCUUCAUCUCCAUCGGCGACGGCGACUGUUAAACGAGGCAGAGAUCUAGAAGACGAAGUUUAUGUCGAUAAUCUUCACUCUCACAAGCGCUAUCUUAGCGAGAUUAUGGCUUCGAGUCUUAAUGGGCUUACGGUUGGAGAAUCUUUGUCUGAGAAUCUUAUGGAUUCUCCCGUGAGGUCCGAAAGCAUGAUGUCUGGUCUCAGGGAUGAACUAUCGGUUCAGUACUCCCCAAUGUCAGAGGACUCAGAUGACUUGAGAUACCACGAAAGCCCCACGAGAAACACAUGCUCGUCUCAGCCUGAGAGUGCACCCACUAGCCCUGUGUCCCCCCACAGGGGACAAAAGCCUCUGUCCGCCUACAUUGCGUCAUCUUCGACUACCUACCCCUGCGCCACCUCAUCCGCCAUGUCGCCACUGCCACGUCAGCGUGGGUCCGACAACGAGGCCCGAUUCCCAUCCUCGCCCAGCGACAUAUGCCACACGGCUGACCUAAGGAAGGCCGCGCUUUUGAGGUCCGUGCAGAUGAGGGCCCAGCCCGCAGGCCCGGCCCAAUUUGAGGUUGAUGAGCCGAGCAUGAAUGUGAAAGGUGAUGAAUCUGGUGGUGGAUGAAAUGGGUCGAUUAUGAACGUGUCGUGGCCUGCCGGUUAUCAUGUGUAUCGGCUUACGAAGGAAGUUUGAUGUAUAAUUAGCACAGAUACACUGGGUUUUGCUAAUGUUGUACAAUUUGUGUCUUGAGAGGAUUUUAUAACUGAUUCUUGCUAUGGCCAACUACAAAAGCAGCAACUUUUGAAGAUUGCUGUGGUGUACAUUAGUUGUAUAAAUGUAGAAGGAUUUAUGCACCUGGUACACAACAAAAAAACUCGAAAGACCUUUAUUUUUUAAGUUGUUGCUCAAAAUUCAGCUGUAUUCUUACAAUGAUUAAAAUAAAAUAGAAAAA